AAUAUUCCAACAGAUUCCUGUACCGGACAGUAUCAACUAUACUCUUGCACACUACAUUUCGGGAUUUUUUUCGUUCCCAAUGGAGUUUCGCUAUUACAAUAUUCUGGUCAUAGACACGUUAGCAUCGGACCCAAUUGCAAUAUCAGACAUUUACUUUCAAGUUACAGGUGAGUGCACUGACAUGUGUAACAUAAACGCUUACUGCGAUACUGAAGGCGCGACCCCGACCUGUGUAUGCCGAGAUGGGUGGUUGGGUGAUGGCAUUUAUUGCUACCAUACUAACACAAUUUGCGACUUGGAUUUUGGCUAUGGUACAGUGUGCGGAGGUGACGCCAUACACGGAGGUUGCUACGCCGAUGAGAACGCAAUUGAGAUCAACUUUAAGUGCUUGUGUUUCCCUGGAUGGCUUCACGCCUCAACACCACCAUGCUCUGAACUGGAUCCCUCGGUGACAACGACACCGACAACAUCACUACCCACAACCACAACACAAGAGACUGCAGCACUCAUAACCACAGAAGACGUGACCACAGCAGCGAUGACUACAGCCGAUCAGGCCUACCCACCGAUACCUACUACAACCAUGCCACCGUUAACCUGUCUUAUGAAAAGAUCUUCGAUGAGUUAUACCCGCAUACAAGAUCCCAGUGUUAUCACCUACGCAGUGGAAGUGGUAAAGACAUUGGUAUUGCCCAAUCUCCCAAAUAAAAUCCAUAAAUGUGCAUCUCAUUGUUCUGCAGAUCCCGAUUGCGUCAUGAUUGGUUUCGACAUCCCAACUCACACUUGCUACAUAUUUCACGUGGCUGUGAGUGUUAUACACUCUUUUUCAGUGGGACAGGAGUAUUUGUGUGCAGUAAUAUAGCCGCUAUCGACAGAGGUAUUCAGAAACUCAUAAAAAUAGCAAUUUUACAUCUUCUAUUUGAGCAGCCGAUCAUAUUGGCUAUUUGGCCUUAAUUACUAAAUUAUUACUUAAUAUGACUUGUUAAUUAUUAAUUUGAAUUAUCUAAUCGCAUUGUUUGCUGGAUUGACAAUUGUAGAGGAAAUAUCACUGAGGUUCUGAGCUUCUUUAACGAUAAAGACUAAAAAAAAGUAUCAGUAAAAAAUCAGUAUUACACAUAUGUAUUAGGGUAUGAAAUCUCACACUGAGUGUAUAUGCUUUAAUGAUACGUUUCGCGGUAUUGUUUAAUACAAUGUGAUGAGGUGAGUACCCGCAUGAGUAAAUAUUGUAUGUGUGGUUCCGAGUCCGCU